AUGGAGCUUCGUGUUCGACUCAAUGAUCAUCAGAUAUCGAAGAUUUUCCCUGUCAAGCCAAAAUCAACUGCUAAAACCUUUUCUCAGUCGGAGACCCCUGACUCCAGAUACUGGUCCUCCUUCAAACCCCAUUCCUUACCCGACCUCACCUCCCCCGUCUCCGCCUUCGCUUUCUCUCCCAUCCAUCCUCACUCCUUCGCCGUCGCUCACUCCGCCACCGUCUCCCUCUUCUCCUCCCAGACGCUUUCCUCCUCCCGCCGUUUCUCUUGCCCAGAUGUUGUCUCCUCCGUCUGUUUCCGUUCCGACGGCCUUCUUCUCGCCGCUUCCGAUCUAUCCGGUCUCGUCCACGUCUUUGAUAUCAAGCAACGAAUGUCUCUCCGACGCCUCUCCUCCCACAAAGCACCCGUCCGAUUCGUCAAGUAUCCGUGUCAGGACAAGCUUCACUUGGUUUCCGGAGGCGACGAUGGAGUCGUCAAGUACUGGGAUGUCGCCGGGAAAACCGUCAUCUCAGAUCUAGUAGGGCACAAGGACUAUGUCCGGUGCGGUGACUGCUCGCCGGUCGACGAUUCAAUGUUCGUUUCAGGCUCUUACGAUCACACAGUGAAGGUCUGGGACGCCAGAGUGGACAAGUCGAAAUGGAUUGCUGAGAUCAACCACGGAAGCCCGGUGGAGGACGUUGUGUACUUGCCCUCUGGUGGAAUGAUCGCAACGGCAGGCUUGAACAGCGUCAAGGUUUGGGACUUGAUCGGAGGCGGGAAGAUGGUUUGUUCCAUGGAAAGCCACAACAAGACUGUCACGUCUCUCUGCGUUGGGAGAAUGGGAGGAGAUGACGCAGCGGAGAAUCGGAUUGUGAGCGUUUCGUUAGAUGGAUACAUGAAGGUGUUUGAUUACGGGAGAGCAAAGGUGACCUACUCGAUGAGGUUUCCAGCUGCGCUCACUUCCGUCGGGCUUUCCCCUGACUGUUCCACUCGGGUGAUUGGAGGAGCUAACGGCAUGGUGUUUGCCGGGAAGAAGAAGGUGAAAGAUGCGGGAGAGAAGAAAAGUUUGAGUCUUUGGAGUGUGAGGAGCGAAGUGGAUGAGAGCAGGAGGAGGGCACUGAGGCCGUCGCAUUUCAGGUAUUUCCGGAGAGGGCAGGGAGAGAAGCCAUCGGAAGGGGACUACUUGGUGAAGGAGAAGAAAGGAGUGAAGCUGACAAGACACGACAAGCUGCUGAAGAAGUUCAGGCACAAGGAGGCUCUGGUCUCCGUUUUGGAGGAGAAGAAACCGGCGAAUGUGGUGGCCGUGAUGGAGGAAUUGGUGGCGAGGAGGAAGCUGAUCAAGUGUGUGUUGAACAUGGAGGAAGGAGAGUUGGGAUUGCUGUUGAGUUUCUUACAGAGGUACUGCACUGUGCAGAGGUAUUCAGGAUUGUUGAUGGGUUUGACGAAGAAGGUUUUGGAGACGAGAGCUGAGGAUAUUAAGGGCAAAGAGGAGUUUCUCAGGAACUUGAAGAGAGAGGUCAAUCAGGAGAUUAAGAUUCAACAGUCUCUUUUGGAGAUUCAAGGUGUUAUUGCUCCUAUGUUGAGAAUUGCUGGGAGAAGAUGA